AUGCCCAGAAUCGAGGAAUUACUCAGUAGUCCACAGGUUCGUGUGAGAGACGUCGACCUGGUCGUGGCCAAGUUGCAAAAGUUCAUCGCCGGUGGCGCUUCGAAACUUAUGGUAAAUGAUUGAUUCUUCCCCACUUAGCAAUUUUAGAGUGGUCCCUAUAGGGCAUAGUGAGAAAAACAGCCCCUCUAGGGGCCGAAAAAGUGGUCCCUAUAGGGGUGCAGGGUCUGAACCCUCAGCCUCUGAACUUCAAGUGGACCUUACAUGGGUCUUCAAUUUCAUUCAAAAGACGCUUAUUCAUUCCGAUUUUCUUAUGGAAAUGCUUCUUCGCUUAGAGUUCAUAAAAAUUAUCGAAUAGCAUGUCCCAAUAGGGACCACUAACCAAAACCCCUAUAGGUACCAUUUCUUCAAGUUUUAGUGGCCUCUAUGGGGAUUGGUGAAGUUGUCUCUAGAGUGGCCCCUCCAAGGCCUCCUAGGGUUGCCCCUAUAGGGACCUCUCUAGAGUUCCUAAGCCGUUUUCUUAAUUUUUAAAUGUUCUUAGACCUGUUUUCCAUUUUUCUAAUGAUGAUUUCCGAGAUUUACUUCCACAAGAUAAUUGGUUUUAAUGAUUUUCAGUUCUUAACUUUUCAUCCUAACUGCAGGCUUUCAGGUGAUUUCGGACUUUGACUUCACGAUCUCGCGAUAUGCGGACGAGAAGGGCAAACGAUGUUCCUCUUGCUACUGCAUCUUCGACGACGCCGUCGGCAAACUCUAUCCAGACUUCUACGAUAAGGUUCCCCGGCUCCUUGUCUGCCUGAAACUCGUUUGUUGAAGUUCAUCGGUCUGUGGAAGAAGUACGGGCCCAUCGAACACGACCAUCACAUGACCAUCGAGGAGAAGAUUCCGCACAUGGAGGAAUGGUUAGUCUGGCUGGGAUCACCGUUUCGAAAAAGUUCUUUAUCAUUUUCGCAAAUCUCGAGCAAGGCUAGGAUAAAGUGUAGUUUCAUUCACGUACUUUCUCGAAAAAAGAUCUCUUGCAAAAAAUUUUUUUCUUGUUUUGCACUUAGGAGGUCCUAAAGAGGGGGGGUGAAAACGUCCCCUAGUAAAAUUUAAAUCAAACCAGCAACCUGGUCAACCCCCAUGCCAAGCAAUGAAAGAACUUUAGGAUUGCCAGAGUGGUCCCUUUAGGGGCAACCUUAGUAGCCCUUGGAGGGUCCCCUUUAGGGACUACUUGACCAACCCCUAUAGGGGCCACUAAAGCUUGCAAAAGUGACAUGCUAGUCGAGAAUUUUUUUGAACUUUGAGCGAAGAACCAUCCCGAUGCGAAAAAAUAAAUUAAUUAGCGUUUUAGGGUCAGAUCCUAAACCCCUAUAGGGACCACCUUGAUUUCACCUCUAUAGGGACCACUUUUCCGGCCCCUAUAGGGCCUGCUUUUACCCCUAACCCCUAUAGGAAACACUUUGAAAAUCCUACGAUUCUUUAAAAUAAUCAGAGACGCUAGGAUAUGGUGGACGUUCAGAAAAUUUCAACUUUUUCGAUUUUUUGUCUUGAUUUGAGGUGGAACAGCUCGCACGAAUGCAUCAUUUCUGCCGGUUUCAACCGUAACCAAAUCGAAAAAUUUGUCGGUGUCAGCAAUAUUCAGCUGAGGUGACACCAACUAAGACUUCGUUGAUAUUUUCGUUUUCUCAGAGAUGAAGCCGACGUCCUGAUGAACGUUCUCACUGCACACGAAGUGCCAUUCAUUGUUUUCUCGGCUGGUCGGCUCUUCCAAUGUUUCAGGAGUAUUUUGGAAUAUUCAGGUAUCGGAACGAUCAUUGAGAUGUACCUGCGGCUCAAGUUUGGAAAAGUGGCCGACAACACUCACAUCGUCUCCAAUAUGAUGCUUUUCGAUGAGAAUGUUGUUGAUUUCUCGAUUUCUAGUAGAUUGGACGUUUUUUUCAGGACAGAGUCAACGCGUUCUCAGAACCUUUAAUACACGUUUUCUGCAAAAACUCUUCAGUGAUCCCCAAGGACGCCAGCUUCUCCGGUCAGCUUAGUGAUCGGUUAGUGGAUUGAGGAUUCUAGUUUCGAACACCCACUACCAUAAUUUCAGAACUAAUGUGAUUCUAAUGGGCGACAGUGUCGGCGACGCUUUCAUGGAUGUCGGCGUCGAGCAGGAACAAGCGUCCCUCAAAAUCGGAUUUGUGAAUCAUGACGUGUGUGAAAAGCUUUUUUGAAGUUUUAAACUUGGACUUUUAACCUAAAAAGUUUCAGAACUCAGUUUCCCAGGUCACUUAGAAACUCCAGAGUGGCCCCUAUAGGGGCAACAUUAGAUGCCCUUGAAGGGUUCCCUCAAGGGGCCACUUUACCAAUCCUCAUAGGGGCCACUAAAGCUUGCCAAAGUGGUCCUUAUAGGGGUUUUAGUUAGUGGCCCUUAUAAGGGCAUACUAGUUGAUAAUUGUUAUGAACUCUAUACGAAGAAGCAUUUCCAAGGGAAGAACUGAAUAACAAACGUUUUUUGAAUGAAAUUGAAAGACUCCUAUAGGGACCACUUGAGGUUUAGGGGCUAAGGGGUCAGACCCUAAACCUAUAGGGGUCCCCCUAGGCCCUUGAGAGACGACUUUAAAAUUCCGGAGUAUGACCUCAAAUUUGCAGUCGGACGUUCUAGUGGACAAGUACCUGAACUACUUCGACAUUGUUCUCGUCGAAGACCAGACUAUGUCGGUCCCCAAUCAGAUUCUCAACGCCAUUGUAGCACAGAAAUGA